UCUAUCAAAUCAACAUGGGAGUUAGAUUUCGAGACUAUGCUUUCUAAGGAUGAUGGAUUUGAAAAAACUGAGUUGGAUGAUUAUUUAGCUAAGAAUUUGUUACCAAAUGAGGAGGGUUUUGACAUAUUGAUGUGGUGGAAGUGCAAUGGCUCCAAGUUUCCUAUAUUACAGAAGAUUGCUAGAGAUGUGUUAGUCAUUCCAAUUUCUACCAUUGCUUCAAAAUCAACAUUUAGCAUGAGCGGGAAUAAGGUGACGAAACAACGUAGCCAUCUCAAUUCGGAAACAGUCGAGACGUUAGUGUGUAGCCAAAGUUGGUUACGGGAGGAAAUUCAAGGUAAAAAUCAAGCCGAGCCAAAGGUUUUUGAUCAAAUGGUUGCAUAUGAUGAUGAUAUUGAGUAAUUUUUCAAAUUAAACACAAGAAACAAAGAGAACUAGAGACUUAAAAUUUCUUUUGUACAAGCAUGUU